CAUUCCUAAUUCAGAGGCUGCCCCACAAAGACCCAUUUUUUCCAUUUGCAUUAUAGUGUAUAAGUAAGGGAUCAAAUAUUCAAAUCUCCUAGAGCCCUACCAUUACUGUUCAUGACGGUUUGGCUUCUACGAAUUAAUUGGCCUGCAAAGAAGGCGGCCAUUUUUUUCUUCCUUCCUUCAUUAUAACCCCAACCCCUUCCCCUGUUCUGCUUAAUCGAGUCCUAACCCCAUAACACAAAAAAUUGGCUGCAUUGGCCAAGGGAAAACCCAAAAUGGCGUUGAAUUGGACGGGCAGAAUGGUACACGAGGCUGUGAGCUUCGUCGUCUUCUCGUCCCUCGACCUUCUGGAUUUCGUCCUCUGUUUCUUUUACAAGCUGCUGGAUUUCCUGAUCGAGGCAGAGUGGAAGCCCUGUUACUGCACCUCCACGAAAGACGGCAAGAUCUUGUUGUCAGAGCGGGGCGAGUCGAGAAUCGUUUCCCUCGCCUCCGCGAAGCUCGAGCUCGAAGAGGUCUCCGAUACUCUGUUUUCCCGCCCUUCCCUCGUCUCCGAAGUUUCGAAGCUCACUGCUGUCGCCGAGGUCGUCAGCUUCACCGUGAACUCCGCCGCCGUCGUGGAAAUGCUUCAGGGGAAGAUCGGCGGCGGGGGUGGUGAUCGGAUUCGACACGCGCCUCGUUGGUCCGACUGCGACUGUAGAUUCUGCACCAGUUGGAGCUCUUCUGGGACAGAGGAUUUGUUCGUUAGAGUCCAAGGACCAAAAGAUCAUAACAGAGCGAGAGAGGAUGUGUUGUUCAUCCACGGGUUCAUCUCUUCGUCAUCAUUUUGGACGGAGACACUCUUCCCAAACUUCUCGUCGAAAUUAAAAUCGACGCACCGAAUGUUCGCGGUGGAUCUGCUGGGCUUUGGGAGGAGCCCGAAGCCCAUCGACUCGCUGUACACGGUGAGGGAGCAUCUCGAAACAAUCGAGCGGUCCGUGCUGGCACCGCACAAGGUGAGAUCGUUCCACAUCGUGGCCCACUCGCUGGGCUGCAUCCUGGCCCUCGCGCUCGCCGUCAGGCACCCUGACGCCGUCAAGUCCAUCACCCUCCUCGCCCCCCCGUACUUCCCGGUGCCGGAAGGGGUGCCGGCGACGCAGUACGUGAUGAGGAAGCUGGCGCCGAGGCGCGUGUGGCCGACGAUUGCGUUCGGCGCGUCGAUGGCGUGCUGGUACGAGCAUAUUUCGCGCACGAUUUGCCUGCUGAUCUGUAAGCAGCACCGGAUCUGGGAAUUUCUUGCCAAACUGGUCACCAGAAACAGGUUGCCGACGUUCCUGCUGGAAGGGUUCUUCUGCCACACCCACAACGCCGCGUGGCACACCCUCCACAACAUCAUCUGCGGCACCGGCGGGAAGCUCGACGGCUACCUGGACGAUGUCCGCGACCGGCUGAGAUGCCACGUCAACGUGUUCCACGGCCGCGACGACGAGCUCAUCCCGGUGGAGUGCAGCUUCGACGUGCAGCGGAGGGUGCCGCGCGCCCGAGUCAAGGUCGUCGACGGGAAAGACCACAUCACCAUCGUUGUGGGCCGCCAGAGGGCCUUCGCCAGGGAGCUCGAGCAGAUCUGGAGGCGGGCUUCUUCGUCGUUAUCAUGAAAAAUGCUCGAUCCAGUGGAUCGAGGUGGGUGACAAGAGAGAAAGCCCAACCCAACUCACAGGCCCAGAUUGGCUGGUUUUCCAUUGUUAGUUCCACCUAUGUAUUUAUACGUAGUACAACGGUGAUUAAUGAAAGGUUGGGUUGGGUUACUAAUAUGUGUAAAUUUAAUAA